AUUAAUAAAAUAAAAAAAAUAUAAAUAAAAAAAUAUUAUUAAUGAAUAAAACAUUAUUAUUAUUGGUAUUAUUAGGAUUAACUACAUUUGUAUUAGCUGAUGUUGUUAUAGAUACAUCAGUAUAUGAAAAAGCUACUAAAUGUCAUGAAAGUUGUUUCUGUGAAUAAACUGAUACUAAAUGUGCUGAAUGCAAUAUUUGUACAAGUUGUAGACAUCCAACUGCACAUAUUAUUGAAAACAGUUAUUGCGUAUGUGACACACCUAGAUAUGUAUAAGGAAGAACAAAAGAAGGAUAAUGGACUUGUGAAAAAGUUGUAAACCCUGUACCUGUUCGUAAUUGUGAAUGGCAAUUAUUCAACUAGAUUUUCAAUAUGGUUAUUGUAUCUAAUUGUUAUAUUAGCACUAAUGAAAACAAUUAAAACACUGUAGUUGAUGUCCUUUCUUACAAUUGGUAAAGACUUUCUCUUUAAUUAGAUCCUGAAUGCUAAAAUGAAUUAAAUACUACUCUCUUAUGGUCUCCCUCAUGUGGUGAUGAUAAAUCUUAUGUUCCUCUUGAUUCUAAAUACUUCAAGCAUGAAUAAGGUACUACCACCACUGUUUUCGAAGCUUCAUUAAUGGAUAUUUACAGUUUAUCAUCCAAUUAACCUUAAGUUGGUGAAAGAAGUAUCUUCUAAGUUAUCUGCUUAGCUGUUUAAUUAUCUAAUGCCUAUGUUCCCAUUAGAUUACAUAAAUUCUAAUUGAGAAUCUUCACCAAUAGAGAUUAAGUUGAAGUCUUCCACUUAGAUGUUUCUAAAUAAAUAACUGAUGGAUGUGACAAAGGUUAAUAAUGUAUUGUAGUUGCCAAUUUAGAUACUAGAGGUGAUAUCUGUACAUCAGAAGCUUGUACCGGAUUCUUACCUGAAGGAUCAGUUCCUAAAUAUAUUGUUGGUGAUUAUUUAUAUGUAAGAAUCUAAUUCUUAGAUAACACCUAUACAAACUACUUAUAAGUCUAAACUGUUAAAUUCACUGAUGACAGAGGUGUCUACAGUUAUAACAAAAACACCUAAUGGUGGUAAAUCAAUUAAUAAAAAGGAUUAGUUGAUGUUAAAGUAUUAUUGUGGUAACCUUAAGUAAAUUGCAAAGUUGAAGUUACCUUAAAAAUAACACUUUAACCCGAUUCAAGACUUAGAGCUUUGUCUGCUGAAAGCACAACUGGUAAAGUUACUAAAUAAAAUUUCUAAAUCGAAGUUGCCUAAUCUUCAACUAAAAACGCCUAAUUAGAAAAUAACUCUAGUUUUUCUGCAAAAUUAUUCUGCGGUUUAAUCUUAGCUGCCUUAGCUUUAUUAUUCUGAUUACAUUAAAAAUUAAUAAUAUUUUUUAUUUUAUAUUGUAUUUCUUUUAUAAGAAAAUUUUAAAAUACAUUUUAAAAGCAUUUAAUAAUUAUCUAUUUUUUUUAUACAUAUAUAUUUUUUAAUAUUCAUUUGAAUAUUAAAAAUAUUUUGAAUAUUGAUUAUUUUAUUUUAUUUUUAAUAAAAAACUUUAAAUUAAU